AUGCAUAAGAUUUCUGAUAAGGUAUUAGACCAAUCAAAGAAAAAAGGACUGAGUGUGGAGGAGAAGAGAACUCGCAUGAUGGAGAUUUUUUUUGAGACGAAAGAUGUAUUUCAAUUAAAAGACAUGGAGAAGAUUGCUCCCAAAGAAAAAGGCAUUACUGCUAUGUCAGUCAAAGAAGUCCUUCAGAGCUUGGUUGACGAUGGUAUGGUUGACUGUGAGCGGAUUGGAACAUCCAAUUAUUACUGGGCUUUCCCAAGUAAAGCUCUUCAUGCAAGGAAACGGAAGUUGGAAGUUCUGGAAUCUCAGUUAUCUGAGGGAAACCAAAAGCAUGCAAAUCUACAAAAAAGCAUCGAGAAGGCUAAAAUUGGUCGACAUGAUACGGAAGAAAGAGCAGUUCUGGCAGAAGAACUUUCUUCACUUCGCAACCAAAAGGAACAGCUAAAGGCCGAAGUAGAGAAAUACAGAGAAUGUGACCCACAAGUUGUGGAAGAAAUACGUCAAGCAAAUGAAGUAGCAAAAGAUGCUGCCAACAGAUGGACUGAUAAUAUAUUUGCAAUAAAAUCUUGGGCUAAAAGAAAAUUUGGACUCGAAGAGAAUAAAAUCGAUAAGAAUUUUGGAAUUCCAGAAGACUUUGACUAUGUAGACUAA